AUGCCAAAGUAUGGGAGGCGUGUAAGGGAAGAAUGCGGGUCACAGAGAUCGCAUGUGAAGUCCUCAGCUCAGCUAAAAAAUGGUGCAGUAGCAGAAAAGCAGCUGGAAUUGUCAUCAAAAAAUCCGAUAGCUUCUGAGCACCAUCAGAGCUUCAAACCAUAUUCGACGUCUUUCCAUAAACCACCAAUACGUAAACCGACCGUCGGCAGGGAUCAGUUCAGUGAAAAGGAAGAGGAGGAGGAGGACGAGUCAACAAGUAUAACAGAUGUGCAGGAAGAGCGAGUCCGGAAGUGGUUGCAAGAUCAGCGUUUGGAUGAGCAGGACCGGGGCUUCGAGAGGGAAUUUCAUUCACGCAAUCCACAUGUCAGUAAUAAUACGUGGAAAGAGAAUCAAGUUACCCCGUUGGAAUCGACUUCUAAGCAGCCCACUUCCAACACUUCAAUUACUCCGUUGAUUGCGAGGCCGAAGUUUGUUAAUCCUUCUGGUAGAAGCAAUCUUUCGAGUAGUUACUUGCCUCCGAGCACCACAAGGAUUGCCAGUGCUACAGCAAGUGAACGCAAUUAUUUGCCAUCACGCAGUGAUGAUCAGACAUUUAUCAGUACAGAACUGAAUAAUAACGGUGACAGUGAUCAUGACUUGUUCAGCAAUACUGCGCUCCCGGAUCCAUCAAGGCGGGCUGCAUGGCGAUAUGAGGCGCCAUCCUCAAUUUCUGGUGCUUGUCGGAUUAAUUCAGACAUGAAGAGGAUCGAGGAGACUAAGCAAGAGUGUCGACCCUCGGCCACUCGAUUUGGAAAUUUUCAAAAAACUGACGUCCUUCCGCGUCGUCAGCAUUUCGAUGCCACUAGCGCCUUACCUGCCGUUUCUGGAUGGUCCGAAAGACACGCUUCAACUCGAGAGCAACCAAAUGUCCCGGAAACUAGGAAGACCGCACCUUUCUUUACCGAAAAAAGAUUGGAGAUGCGCCGCAUGCAAAAACAGGAGACUCCCGGCGGAAAAUGUUUUGGUAUUUCGACCCCCUGUGCUUCCGAAAACACCGCGCCAUGGCGGCAGAAACAAAACAGCCAAGGAGGCUCAUUAUUUGGGCCGAUUUCGUCAAAUUCUUUGCAUAACGAUGUUGGUUCACGUCCGAAUGGCAACAUGUAUGAAGACAGAAAUGGGAGAAUUAGAAACAGGGCUGAGAAUGAAAUUUCGAUGCCUGUUAAUCCACAUCUGACCAGUGACGCUUGUGCUGCAUCUUUGGGGGAAAAACGAGCAUCGGACCAGGAACCUCCUGGCGCCUCUGGGUUAAAACCGAUCAGUUUUACAGAAGCGGCAGCGCUAGGGUGGCCUGUUGCUAAUAAGGCACCAAGGGAUAUUGGUUCGCAGCUUGACGAGUGGCUCAAAUCACCGCAUUUUUAA